UUCCUCCUCUCUCUUUUUCGCCGCCAUCCUGCUCUGCGUGGCUGGCUGCUUCUCGCCAUGUCUUCUCACAAGACUUUCAGAAUCAAGCGAUUCCUGGCCAAGAAACAAAAGCAGAAUCGUCCCAUUCCCCAGUGGAUUCGGAUGAAAACUGGUAAUAAGAUCAGGUACAACUCCAAAAGGAGGCACUGGAGAAGAACCAAGCUGGGUCUGUAAGGUGUCACACAUCAU